AAGAAGGUGCCAGCUGGUCUGGAAAUUCACGCCUGAAUAAGAAGCCAAACGAAACCAGAAUGGAUCGUCAUGUGAGCACAUUCCUCAUAGCUUUCUGGCUCUUGGCUACAGUUGCCCUGGGAAAUGCCCAAACCAGUCUACUCACCGUCGAUUCCCAUGACAUCACCGUUCUCCUGAAUACAAAUGAAACUUUUGUGAUAUUCGCCAAGGAAUUAUUAACAAACGACGUCCAAGUAACGUUGGGAACAGACUCCGAAGAUCAUUUGAGCCUGGAUCCCGCGUCAUUCCUGUAUCCAGCUGGGAGUACGCAGAACCAAUCAGUGGUGAUAACAGGCCUGAACGCCGGCUAUGUCAAAGUGGUCGCCGAUAGCGAUGAUGCAAACAAGGAAAUCGUUAAAGAUGUUUUCGUUCGGGUGACUGUGGCAAAAUCCAGAGCCUUGAUUUACACUUCCAUUGUCUUUGGAUGGGUGUACUUUGUGGCCUGGUCAGUGUCUUUCUACCCGCAGAUUUGGAUUAAUUAUCGCCGGAAGUCCGUGGAGGGUCUGAACUUUGACUUCCUGGCCCUGAACAUCGUUGGCUUCACCCUGUACAGCAUGUUCAACUGCGGUCUCUACUUCAUCGAGGAUCUGCAGAAUGAGUACGAGCUGCGAUAUCCUCUGGGCGUGAAUCCUGUAAUGCUCAACGAUGUGGUGUUCUCCCUACAUGCCAUGUUUGCCACCAUCAUAACGAUCCUGCAGUGCUUUUUCUAUCAGAGAGCCCAGCAAAGAGUCUCGUUCAUAGCCUAUGGAAUCCUGGGAAUCUUCGCUGUGGUUGUGAUCGUUUCGGCAGGAUUGGCCGGAGGAUCCGUCAUCCAUUGGCUGGACUUUCUGUACUACUGCAGCUACGUAAAGCUGACCAUCACCAUCAUUAAGUACGUACCGCAGGCUCUGAUGAAUUAUCGCCGGAAGAGCACUUCCGGCUGGAGCAUCGGCAACAUCCUGUUGGACUUUACCGGCGGAACUUUGAGUAUGCUCCAGAUGAUACUGAAUGCCCAUAAUUACGAUGACUGGGUGUCCAUAUUCGGUGAUCCCACCAAAUUUGGGUUGGGUCUGUUUUCAGUGCUCUUCGACAUUUUCUUCAUGCUGCAGCACUAUGUGUUUUACAGGCAUUCAAGAGAAUCCUCGAGUUCGGAUCUUACAACCGUGACGGAGGCCCAGAAUCGUUCAAAUGAGUCACCCAGCGAUGUGACGUCUGAGAAAUAUUAGUAGAAGACUUUUGUGCCAGUAGCGCUUUUAUGUACAUUUUUAGAACUGUAAAUAUAUGUGUACGCCAUAGCUACAUAAGAUUUAUUUAAA